AUGUGCACCACCUGGUGGGAACUGAAAUCACUACACAAGUUAAUGGCCGGCCAGAUGAAUUUUUUCUCUUUCGUUUCGAGUAUAGAUUGCCAAAUGGGGUUAUUGCAUGUCAAGUGUGAGAGCAGCAAAAUAAAGACAACAAGAGUUCAAUUGCCAUCUCUCCCUAUUCAUAUCUAUCUAUCUAUCUGUCUAUCUAUCUAUCUAUCUAUCUAUCUAUCUAUCUAUCUCAUUCUAUUCAUAUCUAUCUAUCUAUCUAUCUAUCUAUCUAUCUAUCUAUCUAUCUAUCACAUCGACCACAGUCAAGAUCUAAACCGCCAUUCACUUUAUAUUUCCUUCGAUCCGACACUUCCCAUCUUUCCCUUACAUUGUGUCUCUCUCUCGCACCCUGUCUUUGACAAACUCUUUCCUCUCCCCGCUCUCAUCCCAUUGGGCCAUAUUCGCGCUAAUUCGCAGACCCUAACGCCAUUCAGCGCUCGUACCCUGAAAAUAAUCAUUCUCAAACAAAAACUAUCUAUCUAUCUAUCUAUCUAUCUAUCUAUCUAUCUAUCUAUCUAUCUAUCUAUCUAUCUUAAACAGUCUUCUGUUCAUAUCUCUAUCUAUCUAUCUGUCUAUCUAUCUAUCUUUAACAGUUUGUUCAUAUCUAUCUAUCUAUCUAUCUAUCUAUCUAUCUUAAACAGUCUGUUCAUAUCUCUAUCUAUCUAUCUGUCUAUCUAUCUAUCAAUCUUUAACAGUCUGUUCAUAUCUCUAUCUAUCUAUCUGUCUAUCUAUCUAUCUUUAACAGUUUGUUCAUAUCUAUCUAUCUAUCUAUCUAUCUAUCUAUCUAUCUAUCUAUCUAUCUAUCUAUCUAUCUAUCUAUCUAUCUAA